AUGAAGACUUUUUAUUUUAUUUUGCUUAUUGCGGUAUUUUUGAAGACAACUGAAGCUUCUUCUUUCGUUCUUUAUAAACCACGUAAUACGUUUAUUAAACCAAAUGAAUAUGCAAAACCAAAUAGAAGCAUUGUUCAAAAUCUAUUUUUAGAUGAUCUUUCGGAUGAUAAAUCGAAAGACGAAUCGGAUUAUUAUGUAGACAGCGUAGAAGAUAAUAGUUUUAAAAGAUUGCUCAAAAAGUUGAAAAAAUAUGCCAAAAACCUGGAUAAUGAUACUGAUUUUAGUCAACAUGAGACAGAUGAAAAUAGUAACAACUCAACUCAUACAACUAAAAAACACAACGGAAGAAAUAAGUCAAAGUUUAUUGAUAUCACUACUAAGUGGCAGAAGACUCAAAUGGUGGAAAAAUCGAUGUACACUGCCUGUAGACAUGAUAGUAUAAGCUACAGACCUUUAUUCCAUCUGGUAACAAUUCACACCACAACUGCCGGAGCUGAACCUUAUGAGUUCUAG